GGGCCGUGUGCAACGGAAGAAUACAGUUGGAAGUUUGAAUCAACUCUUCGGUGGAUGCAGAUAAAGUACACUCGAUUGUAAUAACUAUAUAUGCAGGAUUGUAACAAGUGGGAGUGUUGCAUGUCAGACUGAUCGCCAUUCCGCCAUGGGAGAUGAGGGCGCUCCUUCCAGGUCAACGAGGCUUUUUCACGGGCCGUCUGCCCCCCACCACCACCAACAAGCCACUUCCUCUUUUGUCUAAUUUCAUGGCGAUCGGGAGAAAGGGAACACCGCCGACGCACGCACACUGUCUCGGCACUCUUGAAAGAGUUUAUUCGGGUGUCAACUAAGUUGUCAACCUGACUGGCACAACGGACAUCAUCCUUCAGGUGAAUUGAAGCGGACAUCACUCGAGGGGCUCCUCAACACUUGGAUCUGUUCUUCGCUGCUCCGGGUUCAGACUGCGUAGUUUAUGGCGCUGAUGGACAAACACAAACAAGUCAAGCGGCAGAGACUUGACCGCAUCUGUGAGGGUAUCCGACCCCCCAUCCUGAACGGGCCAAUGCACCCGCGGCCCCUGGUGGCCCUGCUGGACGGGCGUGACUGCACUGUGGAAAUGCCCAUUCUCAAAGAUGUGGCCACAGUGGCCUUCUGCGAUGCCCAGUCCACACAAGAGAUCCAUGAGAAGGUGCUAAACGAGGCAGUGGCUGCCCUGCUAUACCAUACCAUAACUCUGUCCAGAGAUGAUUUGGAAAAGUUUAAAGGCCUACGCGUAAUUGUGAGGAUUGGCUCAGGCUUCGACAACGUCGACAUCAAAGCAGCUGCUGAACUAGGAAUUGCCGUCUGUAACGUCCCAGCAUCCUCGGUGGAGGAGACGGCCGACACCUCGCUAUGUCUGAUCCUCAACCUGUACAGGCGAGUCACCUGGAUGCACCAGGCCCUCAGGGAGGGAACCCGGGCCUCUAGUGUGGAGCAGAUCAGGGAGGUGGCUGGCGGUGCUGCUCGUAUCCGGGGCGAGACACUGGGCAUCAUCGGGCUGGGGCGCGUCGGCCAAGCGGUGGCUCUGCGGGCCAAGGCCUUUGGCUUCGGCGUGAUAUUCUACGACCCCUACCUGCCCGAUGGCGUGGAGCGCUCACUCGGCCUGCAGCGCAUGGCCACUCUGCAGGACCUGCUCAUCCACUCAGACUGUGUGUCCCUGCACUGCAGCCUUAACGAGCACAACCACCACCUCAUCAAUGACUUCACCAUCAAACAGAUGCGUCAGGGAGCCUUCCUGGUGAACACGUCAAGAGGGGGCCUGGUGGACGAGAAAGCAUUGACGCAGGCCCUGAAAGAGGGCCGGAUACGAGGGGCCGCCCUGGAUGUCCACGAGACGGAACCCUUCAGUUUCUCCACAGGCCCUCUGAAGGACGCUCCUAACCUGAUCUGUACCCCGCACACAUCCUGGUACAGUGAGCAGGCCUCUGUGGAGGCUCGUGAGGAGGCAGCCCGGGAGGUUCGGCGCGCCAUCACUGGGCGAAUCCCUGACAGUCUGAAGAACUGCGUGAACAAGGAAUACCUGAUGGCAGCCUCUCAGUGGCCCAGUAUGGAGGCGGCCACUGUUCACCCAGAGCUUAAUGGAGCCACUUACAGAUUUCCUCCCGGCCUGAUCAAUGUUGCAGCUGCAGGGGGUCUCCCUGGAGCUGGCACAGGGGUUGAAAGCCUGGUUUCAGGAACCCUGGCGCAUGGCAUCGCCCCCGUCUCUCACCCCCCUCAUGCCCCCUCCCCAGGGCAGCCUACUAAGGCCGAAGCCGACAGAGACAUCCCCUCUGACCAAUAGCCCCUCCUGCCACCGCCAGCACAUUCCGUCACCUCUGGAAACCACCCCCCCUCCACCCAACAUCAGACACAGCCCACAACCCUCCAAUACAUCGGGCAGCACCAGUUUGACCCGACGUGGAUCUCCACAGUCGUUUCUCAGAUCACAGAACCAGCCCAUGAGUGACCUAUUCCCAGCCCACCCCCACGCAUCCCACUCACAUCCCUCCAGAACACACACACUUCCCUCCAUCCAAGUCCUCAUGUCCCCCACCCACCCGCCAUCCCCUCCUCCCUACACUUCCCCACAACGUCAGCAAUAACUCUGUUCUCAAGGAUUCAAAGAUUUGAUUGGUUUAUUUCCUUAGUUGGCUGUUGUUUUAAUGGAAAAUUGAUCUAUUGUGGUUCUAGAUGUUUUGUUUGUUUUAAGAAAAAAAAAAAGCAUUUCUGACACGAGGCUUUACGGUCUCCUGCCUCCGGCCGUCCUCUGACUCUGACCGGAAGAGGCAGAAAGUUUGAAGCCCCCCCCCCACCCCCCACCCCCCUACAAUAAUGGCUCAUGUUACUGCUAUCUGGUUCUUCUUCUUUUUUUUCUUUCUUUCUAACCCUCAAACUUUCUUGUGAUGGGGUAAAAAUGUGUACUACCAGACAGAAUCACAACCAGUACAUCCUGUCCUAACCAUCAGGCAUCUAGCUAACCCUCCGAUUGUUUUGGCCCUAGUUCUUCUCCGGGCACUGUCAUCAGCCUGCUCAUCAGGAAUCCACGACGCUGUCAGACCUUAAAAGUACAUUUUAUCUGCUCAGCUGGUGAUUUAAUUGCCAACCUGGUUGUAGUGAUAUGCAAGAUCUUUUGUCACAUGUUCAGCUGUGAUUGUUCAAUCUAAGGACAGUCAGACCUGUAUUUAAACAGGUUUUGUCCCUCAUGGAUUAUUCUGUCUCGACAUAUUGGCUUAAAGCAUCAUAUCAAAGAGCACCUAGGUAUGAAUUUCCCCCAUGACAGCUCCCAGAGUGCUGCAUGUUUGGUCUCUACACACACACAGUAUGCAGCAGAUUUUUAACAACAGCAUGUUAGGGACCUGGCCAGCAGAGGGCACUGUCUAACCACUCAGAGCUGGUCUCACACCAACAGAUGGACAGUUGCACGUUAGCUUUAGUGAUGAAGAACAUGAUCACAAACUGCCGACAUUCAGAACACAGGACGGAUGACUGGGGAUAAACUACCGCCUUAUUGUUUGUUAAGAUCUCACUGCAUCCAACAUCACCACCACCCCUUUGCACCCACCCACCCUCCACUCUUCUCCCACUUUCAUCACCGACCCUACACAUCUGCUCAUGAACCAGUAUGCAUCCACCAAUUCCUUUAAGCGGGAAGGGACAGUAGAGAUUAGAUUCCCUGAAAGAGCAAGGGGACAGCGUUCUUGCAUGCCGGCUUUAUUGAUGAUGACGUGUGUGUGUGUGUGUGUGUGUGUGUGUGUGUGUGUGUGUGUGUGUGUGUGUGUGUGUGUGUGUGUGUGUGUGUGUGUGUGUGUGUGUGUGUGUGUGUGUGUGUGUGUGUGUGUGUGUGUGUGUGUGUGUGUGUGUGUGUGUACGUGUGUACGUGUGUACGUGUACAUGCCUGUGGUUCUGGGUGUGUGUGUCCCCUCACCCUGCUAUGAUAACAAGCUGUUGUCUUUCCAAAGGAAUAGUCCCUAGGAGUAACUCUUUAACGCUGUUGCCCUGGUGUCAAGGGAACACCUUUCUAGUACCUCAGUAACAGAUAUUGAAUGUACCGUGCAUACCCUUUUAUUUUUUUGUACAGAUUUUCUAGAUACUUCUUUACUGUUCUUUAUCAGAAGGGUUGUGAAAUUGUAGCAGUAAUGAUACAAUAAAAAAACAAAACACACAUUGCCCCAUGAAAUAAAUUGACAACAUCUUUGUAGGUUUCGCUAUAGGUCACUGAAUACUCAGGCUUCAAAACCAGUGUCUCUUUCCCUUUAGCUUUAUUUCCUCAUUGUGGAAAAUUCAGCACAAUGCUUUCCCAUUCUUAGACUCCAGACUGUAGUUACUGUGUUUCGACCUCCAUCUUACUGGCUAAUGAAAAUGAGGAAGGAGAAGAAGAAACCAACAAAAGGCGGUCGUCGUGGUCUGCUAGUUCUCUGUUAUUAGAACAGUCGUAGUAGAUAUGCUGUUUUUUGUUUUGUUGACCCCCAUCCCCCUUUCUUGUCAAGCUGCUCUAUCUUUAGUGCAUGUGAGGUAAUGUUUUUUUGGGGAAAAUACUAUUGGCCCAAAAAAUUGGUGUCAUCAUGCUCUUUCCCUUCUGCUCCCCGGCCUUCUCCCCCUCAGAGUGUUUUCAACUCGAGUUGCCAUUUUUGUCGUGGUCAGUUUCCAGUGAUGUACAGUUUUUUCCUUCAGAGUCUAUGAGAGACAUGGAGCAUGUCCUUGUCCUGAGAUGCUAGGCUCCUCUGUCAUGUGAUGAGUAUAUAUUUUUAAAAAGAUACCCCCCCCCCCAUAGUUCAGAUUAUGAGCGUUAUAGUAAUCUUAAAAUUUGCUGUUGAUGAUGAUGAUGAUUAUAUAUAUAUAUUAUUUUUUUUCAGUUCAGCAGUGCACUGUUAUGAAAACCAUUCUGUUUUUAUUGUAGGAUUUCAUUUUUAUGGAUAUGCUGUCUGUGUUCUACAUGUUGUACUGAAACAUUUCAGAGAAAACGAGAACCCUCUCCUGGUGAUUUAAAAAAAGAAAAUAUAUAUAUAUAAUUUGUCUUAUCCCAACUGUCCUUUCCAGCUGAUAUCCUCUGGGCCUUAUAUUAUUCUCUCCCUGUUAAAGUAGCUGUUAUAGAAAGUCGCCAUGGAACCACUCACUGCCUUAAUACAGUUGACCACAGCAGGUGAAGACACACCCAGUCGAAAAGUACGGGCCACCAUCAAGGCCGCUCCGCAAAAAGCCCUUCACACCCCAACAGUUCUAAAUCGGCACACCUUGCAUUUCUUUUUAGUGAUGAACCACAUUUAGUCUUGUGUAGACAGUUUUUGGCUCAUUCUACAAACGCAUAACUCCAGUAUGAUUUCUUAAUGUGCAUUAACGUUAUGGGUUGUUUUUUUCCUGUAGUUUUAAUUGUCAAGUCAGCCCGGCGGUGUGCAUAUGCGUAGGCUAAGAGAUAAGCACAGUGUGUAUGCACACAAAGCCACAGCUGAUAUUUCACUCUUGGGUGUGAGAAUGCCCCCCUCACCCACCACCACCACUACUCUGGGACGCUUAUAGUGUCUUUCACAGUGCUGCCAGAGUGGGAGGGCAUUGCGGACACUGGUGUGGUCUUUCGAUGAAGAAAAAAAAAAAAGAAAAGGAAAAAAAACAACAGAAAAUUCCGGUUAGAAUCGGUCACUUUUUCUCUCAGGGUUCAAAUGCACACAUAUCCUCCAGCAGUCGCCCUCCGUCUCGUGUCCCUCAUCCCCAGUUUUCCGAACAGCCUCCUGCAUUUUUAGAAAACUCCUCUCCCCUCGUUUCCCCUUUGUGCACAGGUCUGAACUUGUUUUUUUUUUAUUUCCUCUGUAUUGCUUUUUUUUUUUUUUUAGCACUGACAUCUAACCAUCUAACAAGGAAUGAAUGAAUGAAUGUUUGGAAGUGACUGUGUGUAAUGUUAAAAUUGGGAAAUGUAUUUUUACAACAUGUGAACAUGUUUUUUUUUUCCACUCACUCUCAUUGUGAAUUUUUUCUUUUCUUUCACCAGACUGCAAAAACAAAAAGAAAAAACAAAAAUGACAAAAAAAUCUCUCCUGUAACUAGGCUCUUAAGCUUUAUUUUUGUUUUGUUUACUUUUUUAUUAGAAACAAUCAUGUUUGUGAUGGUAACUUCAACUCCACACCGUAUUUUAAUAAAAUCUUAAAAAAUAAA